AGUCUUAAAGUUUAAGUUACAUGGGCCGGUUUCCCAGACUGAGCCUUUGUCUAGACCAAAUGGAAUCUGUAUUGGUAAAAACCUCUGACAUUGCAAUUUACACCCAUCACUAGGUUUUAUCUUUCUUUCCCAACUGUCCUUAUGCACAAUAUUAUGUCGUUUUAGAGGUUUGAGUGUCUGCCCAUGGUAGCUAAUUCUGACAUACAGCACCACUGUGUCCCUGCUCGGUUUACAGAACAACCUCUGCAUCAAAGUGUUUUGAAGGGUGUCCAUGUCUGUGUGGGAGGAAACUGGCGCAGGUUUCUUUGUGUGAGACAUUUCGGAUUGCAGCAUAUGAUAUCCAUGGAGCUAGAGGGUGUAGGAUUACAAUUUAACUAAUUUUAAUCCAAACACGUGAAACCAUAGAUGGUCCUGAUGUAAGUGCGGCCAGAGCUCGAGUGGGGGUCACCGUGUGUUUUGUUGCCUUUGGCUGUGGUGCUUGCUGUGAUUUGGGAUAGGGCUGACUCCCACACUGAGCAGAUGUUUGUCUGAAACAAGAACAACAUUGUGGUAACUACAGUGAAGAAAGGAAAAAAUCUCCCACUAAUGAGAAAACAGUAAAACAAUAUGUGUGGGUUUGGCGUAAUCUUCAGGGAGAUGGAAACUGAUGCAAUCUUUCAUGAAAUCAAUCUUUACCGCAAUCAGAAUGAGAACACACACAGUGCACUCAGUUUAUCUAUAGCCAUGUAAGGAAUACAGAUUCAAAACACUAUGAAAAUGUUUUAUGAACCCAAGGAGAUGUGUAUAAGCCUAAGGAACAGUGAAAAAACAACAGAAGCCUUUGGACAAUUGAAUUUUAGCUUUGCAGAGAGCACGAUGAAUGAAUUGCUUGGCUGGUACGGUUAUGACAAAGUGAACCUACAGGAUGCAGAAGCCUCUGAAUCCAGGAAUUUCUCCAGCAGAGCAAGACGCCAUCAUGUGUCUGUGCUUAAAGAGAAUUCCGAUCCGAAGCCUAGUGCAGUGGAGAGUAAAGGUUCGUCCUCUUUGACUAUGUCUGCUAAAAAUGGAUUGAGAGAAUCCACCUGCUUUCCUCUCUCUCCUUCAUCAUUUUCAUCCUCCCCUCACACAAAGGACUUGCACAGCACACAUGUGGUAGUGCCACUCAUCAAGCCAUCCACAGUGGAAGAGCAGCAGAAUAUUCAAAUAGUAUGUGUGUGGUGUCAGAAGGAGGGACUGAAGCGCUACUCUCUGAUCAUGGGCUCUGAGCUGAAGAGCUUCUGCAGUGAAAAGUGUUUUGCCAUGUGUCGCCGAGCCUACUUCAAACGCAACAAGGCGCGAGAUGAAGAUCACCACAGUGACCAGUCUCCUCCAUCUCCUGGACAAACAGCAGAAACCCCUCCUCGGCUUAUGCUUAAGAUGAGCAGCAACACACGAGUAUGUGACUGGUGCAAGCAUGUGCGUCACACUAAGUAUCUGGACUUUGGUGCAGGUGAAGAAAGGCUUCAGUUCUGCAGCACCAAGUGCCUAAACCAGUACAAGAUGGACAUAUUCUACCGGGAAGCCCGGGCUGCUCUCACCACCACCAGUGCUGACUCCAGUCCCAGCCACCUAGACAAGGAGAGCCAACCAGCCACUGGAGAGAGUCAAACUCUUCUCACGCCAGAGUCCUGGGACAACCCUUCCCUGGAAGGAGAAAGAAAAGCUUCAUCACCUAAAGAAGCACCUACACCGGUGAUGUCUUCAGCAGCAUCUGUGUUAACAUCCUCAUUGUCUACCUUGAUGAAAGCAUCUGUCCCAGCUCAGCAUCAGAAAGAGCAGGAGAUAUUGGGUUCUUCACAGCUCCAUAAUGAACAGUCUGCUCCUUGCCUUGCUGUAGAUCAACCACGGGUGCUUCAAAACUCCCCCUCUUUCUUUCGGCCGUCUCUCCGUGCCCAAGGUCUCCACAACCCCAUUGUGGAGAGCAGCCCAAACCAGAGACCCCUAGAUCCAUCUCCACAAUUACAAGCACCCCCUAUUCGUUCACUUCCCCCACCACACCUCUUGCACCAAUAUACAGGGUCAGUCCUGCCCUUUGCACCCAUGUACCCUCACCCUGUUCCUCCACUUGUUCCAUCUCUGAGCCUCCCAUGUACUCAACCUACUGUUCUGGUGCCAUACCCAAUUAUCGUUCCACUCCCUGUGCCUGUGCCUAUACCCAUACCUAUACUUCUUAACUCGGGUGUUUCAGGUCAUGCAAGUGUCAUUCAGAACUGUGAUGAGAAAGAGAAAAGAGGGCCAGAAACCACGUUGAUCAUUUCUGGAGAUUUAGCAAAAGAGAAGGUGCCUGAGCAUACCGAGAUCACCCACCACAGUUUUGUUGACCACAGAAUAAAAACUGAAGAGUCUCCAUCUCCUCCAGAGUCUUGUACCUUCCCUUUUUCAUCUUUAACUUUGCAUAGCCCAUCUGCCUCUCCUCCUUUAUCAGGAGUUCAUGUUGCAGAGGACAGGGACGAAGGUAGGAAGCGGCAGGUGAUCCAAAGAGUGGUCCAUAGACACCCACUGAAACAGGAACCUGGAGGAGCCCAGGUUGAGCUUGUGCAGAGAGAGGCUGAAGAAGGGCCUGGCUGGAGUGCCCUUGAGAGGAGAGAUGAUUCAAUUGAGCAAAAAUCACCUAAUCUUAGCACAGGCACCUUAGCAUUAACCAAAGUGCGUAGUUCGUCCCUUGCGCAUGUAUCUUUGCCAACACAAACUCUAACUACUUCAUUUGUUCUACGAAAAGCACUCAAUCCUUGUAGCAACAAUAUGGCCUCUGUAGUCACUCCUACAGUCUCCGUGUUACUGAGCAAUACAGUUGUCACACCAGUCUCGGUUCCCUCCUCAUACACAUCUGCCAGCUUGCCCACCCUUCAGGCCACAUCGGUGACGACUGACAGGCCUGACACGCCCUCUGAAAACAGAACAAACUCUGGGCAAAUUCAAGCCCCUCCUAACCCUGAGCCAGAAAGAAAAAAUUGUGAAAGAGAGAUUGUGAAAGAGAACUUCUCAGGAGGCCAAGACCCUAACUUAAAGUGCUCCUGCCCAGAGGAGCAAACAGACUGCCAAACAGAGGAUAGCAGGUCAGAGCCCACUGAAGGCGACACUCUUGGGACUGACGAAGAGCACACUUAUGCACGAUGCAUCCCACCAAAAUUACGAGAGAAGAGUGUACACACAAUCACACUAACAGCAGCACAUACACUUUCUCACACAAUUGUGCACACUUGGAACAGGAGUUCACGAGCAGUUCCACAAAACAUUGAACAAAGCAACAUGCAUCAGGAUACAGAACCAACUUUGAAGAGGAGAUGCUUAAGCAUCAGAGACCAGAAAAGUGAAGCCCAGAUGUCUGUGGAAUGAACAUGCUUGUGUGCAGUGAGAUAGUCUUGAGUUGGUGAAGUGGGAUAAAAAUGAAGAUGUUUCCUGUGGCGCUGAAACUGAGCAAGACUACCAAGAAACAUCUACUGAUGACUCCAUAUCCAGAAUCAUUGUGUUUACAUGAACCCCGGUUCGAGUGAGAUAUCUGCAUACUUGUGAACUAGGCAGUGGAGACUCUGGAGACUCUUGCUGUCAACAACUCAAUAUGAACAACAGCAUGUUAUCAGCCUUUGUAUGGUCCAUUUAGACAGACUUCAGCUCUCUUGGACUCCUUGUUUACAAAGGCAAACUCUUCCUUUCUGCCAAUAUAUUAUGUAUGUUUAUGUGAGUUAUCUGACACACCACCUGUCAAGCACAAUUUUCACUGUAUAUCAGAAAAAGGACACUCAUGUGUGCAUUUAUAGUAUCUCACAAAAGUGAGUACACCCCUCACAUUUCUGCAAAUAUGUUAUUAUAU